GCAGUCUCAGUUGGACGUUCAAAGUCGUUCGUUCAUCGAACUAUCCCUCGUGUUGUUUGUUUUUUCCCAUCUAAACGUCAGCAGUGGCGGAAUAUCCAAACUGUUUGUUGUUUUUCGCCCGGCAAUUAUAUUUGUGAGGACAAUAUAAGAACGGCCAUUUUAUAUGAGCUCGAGUGAUAUGUGCUGUGCCACGGACUAUGUGUGACUCUUUUGCAUUGCGAGCGUCGGGACAGCAGCAAGGAGCCAGCAGUAGCAGUGUCCAGUUGCUGGGUUCGUCUGCAUCAAUUGCCGGCCAUUUAACGGCAGGGAAUAUAAUAAGAUCAUCGCUCCCCCUCGUCAGUUUUAUUUUUUCCCCCUUUUCGGCUCCUAGUUUUUGCGAUAUCUAACUGGCUCCUAGAUAUAAGGAGCUGUCCUUAGACUCCUAGCCAGGAGCUAUCGAUCCACAAGGAGCUCUCCAGCAUCCCCCCCCCACGUCAGCAUCGUCUAUAAGCUGUGACCUAUCCACGUUAUAUAAAACCAAGAGCGGGAAUAUUUAAAAAGAACUAUUUAAAAAAAGAAUAGAAAUAAUCAGAAAAAUAUAAAUUUAAAAAAAGACGUUCGAUCAAGUGUUGUUUGUGCAUACUACAUAAUAGGAAAAGAAUAUAGAAGACCAGAAAGUGGUGGUGUUUUGUUUAUAUUCGUCGUCAGCUGAUACCGGAAAGCCGAGAGUGAGAGAGAGCAAGAGUUUGUGUAUGCCUUUCCCGUGCUGUGCUGCUGUGUGUCGUGUUUGUAUUGGUGAAUUGCCUGCGGAUCUAUUGAGAAAAUAAAUUGAUCAAAAAAGAAAAGAAAAAGCAGGAGGAUGGCCGGCAAUGAGCAGCGGAGGAAUUGGCUGAGGAUGUUGUUGGUGACGGCCCUGAUGUCGUCCUACUUAUUUCUGUGCUUGUGGUCGUUGUGUUGGUCGUCGUCGGCCGACGCCACGGCCUUGGCCUCCUCGUCCUCCUCCUUCCUGGCGCCGUCCGAGGUGAACACGUGCGACAUCUCCGAGUUCCGCUGCCCAAGCAAAGACGGUCAGGGCACACUCUGCCUGCCCAUGGAUCGCUGGUGCAACGGCAAGGACGAAUGCGACAAUCGGGUCGAUGAGCCUCGAUCCUGCACCAUUUGCAACCGGACUUAUUACGCCCGACUGGGAUCGACGUACCGGCUGAGUCUCGUCCGCCCUCGAAUGUCUGGGACGACUCAAAUCCUACCGUGGCACUGCUGGUUCAAUUUCACCGCUCUCGGCGGUCACCAUGGCGACAGAGUUCUGGUGGGAAUGGAGGCCUUCUCUGUUGGGCAACUGCAUCGAUCGGAGAACGGCAGUUUGUGUCUGGGCGGCCAGGUCGUCCAGAGAGACGCAGCGUCCAGUCCAGGCGACGCCGACGUCGUUCACGGCGGCGACCAAAUCAUCACCGGCGCCUGGUGCGGUGAAGGAUGGGGUCAGCCAAUCACGACCAGCGCUGGCAAAUGGCUGCAACUGAUGUUGACCAUCAGCGACGUGGUCGAUUUGAGCCGAUUCCGAUUCGACCUGACGUACAGGGUCGUCCGGGCCGACACUGGCAACCUUUCACCUUCAACGUCAGCUGUCUCCGCUAAUAAUGGCAGUGGCGGAACUGCUUAUGGAGCAGGAGGAAGUACUGCUGCUGGGGCUGGGGCUAUCCUCUGGUACGGCGAUCCCGUGCCCGGCACCCUCUGCUCACGCAACUUGCACAGCUGUGAUCAACGGACAUGCAUCCUACAAUCGCCAAACUUUCCCGGUCUUUAUCCAAGGAAUGUGACUUGCUACUACUACAUCCGGCAGGCGUGGUCACCCAAGAACCAGACCAUCUUGUUGACUCUGGUGCAAACGGAGCCGGGCCAAUCCUUUUCGGUCCGCACGUCGGACGCUGGUGACAAGGAGCGCAAGAUGAUGAGCGGUCGCGAGUGCCGGACCCGAGUCGACGACACCGUUUCCAUCUACAACGGCGCCACCAUCGAGUCGCCGCUCCUGGCCAGACUCUGCGGGACGGGCAACAUGCCGCACAUCACAGGAGCCGGCGGCGAGCUCCUGGUCGUCUUCCGCAGCCAACCGCACGACGCCCCGUUCAAUCCGGCCCCGUUAGGAGCCUCGCCCGGGUUCCGAUUGACGACCCGCGUUCGAUUCGUGGCCGCCAAUCAGGUGCGCCAGUAUCAUCCCGAGUGCCGGAUCUCCAUCACCAGCUCGGGAUCCAACAGCCGCAGGAGCCAGCGCCAAGGGAUCAUCCGCAGUCCGGAAGCCACGAUGGCUCCUAACACGUCCUGUCUUUACGAAUUCACCGGGCGGGAGGAUCAACGGGUCUGGAUGACUUUCCUGUCGUACCGGCUGGACGGCGGUGAGGACGGCGACUGUUUGACGCUGACGGACGGCCAGGAGCUGGUGUCCCGUCAGUGCGGAGCCACGGUGCAGCCGCGCAUCUGCCCGCACGCCCUGGUCCACGCCAAUUCGUCGACGGCCUACAAGCCGUGCCGCUGGCAGGACGGUGAGAGUUACCUGUCCCGCAGUCCGCGCUUUACCAUCCGCCAGGAGCUGGCCACCGGAACGGCCAUCCGACCGUGGAGUUUCGUCAUCCGCUUCGAGUUCAUUACCGUCGAUCGUUUCAGUCCCAAGGAGCAGCUCAUCAGCAGUGGCCAGCAGGAGCAGCAGGAGUCUCCGGCUCCUAACGGGUCGUCGGGGGUGGCGGACUCGCCGGAAGCGCCGUCCAGCACCGGAGAUGAGGACGACCAGCAACUCGCCUGGCAGAUGAUGACUCCUGAUUGCUUCCAGCUCCUGGAAAGCGCCAAAGGAAAUGGCAGCGUCUCAUCGCCUAGAAAUCCUUUGCUCUACGGCCGCGGUGGUAGCCGCCACCUACGCUGCCUCUAUCGCUUUCAGGCCGGCAAAGGUGAGCACACGCAUUUGACCAUCAACCCGUUCCACUCGACGGGUUGCGCCCGGUUCAACCAGAGCGGCUGCCAGGCCUGUCUGAGCGUCGACGAGGUCUUCUGGGGCGGUCAGGUGCGCCGUCGCUCCUACCACACGUGCCGCUCGCUGUCCGGCAACAAUCCGGUGGUGCUGCAGAGCGCCGCCUCGUCGCUGGAGCUCAUCUUCGAGGUGCGCGACAUGAACUGGGCCCAGGACGACGACCAUUUUUACUUCGUGGCCGAGUACUCGUUCUCGCGCGGAAUCGAUCCGGCCUGCUGGGACAGCCACCAGCAGACGGGCAAGCGCGGCAGUCUGCGCAUCGACCCGCGCGACCGAUGCGUCCGCCACUCCAUCCCCUGGCACAUCCAGGCCCCCCGCGGUGGAUACAUUAUCCUGGUCUUCCCGGCCGGCCAGGCCUCCGUCACCAAGACGGUCGAGGGCUGCCCGACCAACAACCGGCUCUUCGUCUACUCCAUCACCGACGGCAAGACUCAACUCUACCGGGAAGUUUGUCUCAUGGCCGGCGGACUCCAGCAGACGGGCGGCGACACUAAAGCCCAGCAGCAGCAGCAGCCGCUCAAUCUCUACUCGGCCGGCUGGUCGGAACGCAAUUGGAUGGCCGACGGGCUCCUGGUCGUCGCUUCUCUGCAAGGAGUGCCCAUUCCGGAUGAGACUCCGCUGGUUGUGACUUGGUUGUCCGUCUUCAAAGACGUCAGCAGCAAAUCGAUGUCGUUCGCCGCCCGUCAGUCCGUUUAUGGAGCCAAUGCCAGCAGCAGUCAGAUGGUCUGCCGGACGGGCUGUCCGGCACUGGGCGCCUGUCUCAGCUCCGAUUUGUGGUGCGACGACCGGGACGACUGCCCGGACGGAUCGGAUGAACGUCAGUGCAUCCGGCUGGUCUUCUGGCCGCUCUACGUCGGACUGGUCGUCAUUUUACUGUCGCUGACGGCCGGACUGGUGACCGUCUACCUGGUCCACCGCUACUACCAGGCCCGUCGCUACACGGCCAACGGGCGGACGUACAAACCUCGGCCGAAAGAGACGAAAGCCAAAUUCAGUUCCGUGACGGUCAGUCUGACCCGACACUACGAGAAGGGCGGCCCGGGUUCCUGACAUCCGAUCACCCAACCCGACACGCCGCACUGGGCCACCGAGACCCUCUGCGUCGACGAUUGGGUUACCAGCGU